CCAAUCUCACGAGAGGGCAGCGGCUAUGGCCUAUAAUACUAAUUUUCUCUUCCUCAUUGUUUUUCACGUAGAACGCCACCGUUUCAUGGCUCUUGCUGGACCAUAGAGAGGAUAAGAUAUAUUAAAAAUUAGGCGGCUCAUUUCUGUGUUGCCAGUAAGAGGCUGAAAUUACGCCAUGGGAUUGGCUUCGGUCAUUUACAACAGCAUUCAAGCUCCUCUCAAGUUCGACUCACAAGUGCUUAGGUUUUCACAUCCAAUUCAAUCUCUCAAAUCGAACACUCUUCAAUUAUUUCACUCUCGCUGUCACGCUCAUUCAUUAUCUUCAGUUUGUCAUAAUCUUCGUGGCCGAUAUUCUCCUAUUACUGUCUGUUCUAAAGGAACUGAGCAAGGGCACGAUUUCUCUACUUCAGAAAGUGAGAGGAUCAGCACUCGGUCGUACGAUAAUAUUAACAGCAUUAACACGACUCACGCUUCUACUUCUGUAGGUAGUCCAGAGAAGCAAGUGGAUGAACAUGAAAGUUUUUCGUCAUCUAUUAAAACUGUUGCUUUUUGGGUGUGCACUGCAGUGGCAUUUGGCCUUGGCGUGGGUUUAAAAGAAGGAGUUGGCAAGGCAUCUGAGUUUUUUGCUGGGUAUAUCUUGGAGCAAAGUUUGUCAGUGGAUAAUCUGUUUGUCUUUGUUUUGGUAUUCAAGUAUUUCAAAGUGCCAGUCGUGUAUCAGAAUCGGGUGCUUUCUUAUGGAAUUGCUGGUGCUGUAAUCUUUCGUCUGGCAUUGAUAUUACUUGGGACAGCCACCCUCCAGAGGUUUGAAGCAGUUAAUCUACUAUUGGCUGCAGUACUUCUAUUCUCAUCUGUCAAGCUAUUUUCCAGUGAAGGUGAUGACUCUGACCUAUCUGACAAUUUUAUAGUGAAGACAUGCCAAAGAUUUAUCCCCGUGACAGCUUAUUAUGACGCCAACCGAUUUUUUACAAAUCAGGAUGGAAUAUGGAAAGCCACACCAUUGCUGCUUACAGUAGCGGUUAUUGAACUCAGUGAUAUAGCAUUUGCUGUUGACUCAAUACCAGCUGUUUUUGGUGUUUCACGGGACCCAUUCAUAGUCUUUACGUCUAAUCUCUUUGCCAUCUUAGGCUUAAGAUCCCUUUACACACUCAUCUCUGAGGGUAUGGCAGAGUUGGAAUAUUUACAGGGUUUCAUGUAUCAACUGAGGCAUCGCUUGGUUUUGUGGCAACAAGUCUUAGUGCUGGGGUGCUUUUGAGUCUAAUGAAGAAGUCUGACUAGUUAAAGACCAAAUUAAGCAGAGAGGAAGGUGAAUUUAGUAUCUGUCAUUUUUCAUUCUUUAGUAUAAUCCAAGCAGAGCAAUAAAAAGUCUCUCUCUCGUUGUUCCUUCCCGAUUUCAGUUACUUAUGAUGAAGGCCAGACUCUCCUCUCCCCUAUAUCUAUUUGUCUUGGUUCUUUCCUUAGCAAUACAGCCAUCCUCCGUCUUUUUUUUUUUUUUUUUGAUAAGUAAACUGUGGCCCAGAGUGAACAGAUCCUGUUCAAGUAAGGUUGUACUCCGUCUUAAUUAUUUGGUCACUUUUAAGUUGUAAGACACCGAUAUAACACACAUGCAAAUAAAUUAAAAAACUACCAGAUAUGAAUGCCUUGUGCAGUACCUUAAUUUUUA